GUUUUAUCGUACUUUCUCGUACAAACGAGAUUUCGGUGGGUUUGGCAGGUUGUUUAUAAAUAUCUGCAGGAAUUUUACAUUGCAAAAUACUUUCACAGUUGCAGCACAUUCUGACCUAAAGAUGGGUAACAUUCACACCACUGGACCAAACGAAGCCCUUGUGAUUUCAGGUGGCUGCUGUGGCGCUGAGGGGAGAAAGUACAUCAUUGGAGGCUGGGGAUGGGCCUGGUGGCUGGUCACUGACACACAGUCAAUCUCCCUUGAGGUGAUGACCUUGAACCCUCAGUGCGAGAGUGUGGAGACCAAAGAGGGUGUCCCAAUCACCGUCACUGGAGUCGCUCAGUGCAAGAUCAUGCGAGCACCGGACAUCCUGAAGAAAGCUUGUGAGCAGUUCUUGGGAAAAUCUCCUCAGCACAUUGAACAUGUCAUCUUGCAGACUUUGGAAGGCCAUCUGAGAGCUAUUUUGGGUACCUUGACCGUGGAGGCCAUUUACCAGGACAGAGAUCUGUUUGCCCAGUUGGUCCGUGAGGUCGCCGCUCCAGACGUAGGAAAGAUGGGAAUUGAGAUCCUCAGCUUUACCAUCAAAGACAUCUUCGACAAUGUGGAGUACCUAACCUCGCUCGGCCGAGCCCAGACGGCUAACGUGAAGAGAGAUGCCGACAUUGGUGUGGCUGAGGCUAACCGAGACGCUGGCAUCAGGGAGGCUGAAUGUGAAAAGAUGAGGAUGGACUCCAAGUUUAUGGCUGAUGCUAAAAUUGCCGACUCUUCGAGGGAGUACCAGAUGCAGAAGGCAGCCUUUGACAUGGAGGUCAACACCAGGAGAGCAGAGGCAGAGUUGGCGUACGAGCUUCAGGCAGCCAAGGAAAAGCAGCAGAUCCGUAGUGAAGAGAUGGAGAUUGAGGUUGUGGAGCGUCGCAAGCAGAUCGACGUGGAGGAGAAGGAGAUCAUGAGGAAGGAGAAGGAGCUGAUCGCUACCGUCAAACGGCCGGCCGAGGCUCAGGCCUACAAGAUGGGACAGGUCUCCGAGGGCCAGAGGACCCAGACAGUUGAGGCAGCCCGUGCAGACGCUGAAAAGAUCCGUCUGAUUGGUGGAGCUGAGGCAGCGGCCAUUGAGGCUGUGGGUAAGGCAGAGGCUGAGAGGAUGAGGCUGAAGGCUGCAGCCUACAAACAGUACGGAGAGGCGGCCAUGUUGAAUCUGGUUAUGGAGACUUUGCCUAAGAUUGCUGCGGAGGUUUCCGCUCCCUUGUCCAAGACGGAUGAGAUUGUGCUGGUCGGGGACGACCGUGUGACCGGUGAGGUGAACAGGCUGGUCAGUCAGCUGCCGCCCGCUGUGCAGGCUCUCACUGGCGUCGACUUGUCCAAGGUUUUGGGUAAGAUUCCGGGAGCUCAGGUGUGAGAGACCAACAACUUCUGCCUUUUGUCGUGCUUGCUGAUACAGCAGUUGAUGUCCGAGUUGUCGCUGAUCCAGUCGUCAUUUCAGCACCGUACAGACUGCGACAUGCUCAUCCUUUCUCCGCUCUUCUUUCCCCCCUUUGUCUAUCCACCCUUUAUAAUGAUAUCGAGUCACAAAACAGUUAUUUUUUGGUCCAUACCAAUGUGUUGUAACUGAAGCAUUUUGUUUCUGCAGUUGGACUAUUUAAGCAGAGAGUGCUUGGCUCACUUGGAAAAGUCAUAAAAAAGGUUGUUUUACCUCAACAUAAGUCUCUUUAGAUUCAAUUUUUGUCAUUGUAUGUCUCUUUGAGUUAACAUUUAGAAGUGGAAAAAGCCCUUUAGAUGACAUGGAUGCCUUAAUGUGGGAAUAUUUAGGCAGUAGAUUGACAUUUUAUCAUUAUAUAUUACUUUUUGAUUCAGUUGUUGGAGUGGUUAUUGUUAAAUAUUAGAUAAUACCAUCUCUUUUGAUUUUCCCCAAGUGACAUCAGUUAGUUGGAAAUAUAGUUUUGUGAAUGAGAUGAUUGAAUCUAAAGAGGUUUUAGGAGUUUCAAUGACUGAAUAUCGGGAACAUUAAAGAGGCCUUUAAAAUCUAAACGAUUGUAAUGAUUAUUUAUUUUUAGUCACAAGUGAGAAUUAUGCCAAGUUGGAGGAAGAUUAACUUGUCUAAGAUUUCUCUGGCUUGCUUCCCUUGUCUGCUUUUUAAAAAAAAUGUGAAUAUUACAGAAGAAAAAAAA